GAUCCACUCUGGCAAUGUUUUCUAGAAAGUUCAAGGUCAGCUCAUCCUGGGGUCACAAUUGCUCCUCCACCUUCCACUGGAGUUGAUGGAGCUAAACUGCAUUGUUGCUCAAAAGCAAAUUCAUCAAAAUGUAGGGAAUUGUGUACAAAAUUAUACAGUACCAGCUGGGGAAAUACUCAAAACUGGCAAAAGUUUGAUAAUGAAUGUGAAUACAACCCAUCAGAGUCACCAAUGCUAACGUGCCUAGCAGACGUAAGAGAACCUUGUCAACUGGGAUGUCGGAACCUUACUUACUGUACCAACUUUAAUAACCGGCCAAUUGAACUAUUCAGGAGUUGUAAUGCACAAUCAGACCAAGGAGCAAUGAAUGACAUGAAGUUGUGGGAGAAAGGUAGCAUCAAGAUGCCUUUCAUGAACAUUCCAGUUCUAGAUAUUCGAAAGUGUCAUCCUGAAAUGUGGAAGGCAAUUGCUUGUUCUUUGCAGAUCAAACCUUGCCAUGGUAGAUCUCGGGGCAGCAUAAUUUGCAAAGCAGAUUGUGUGGAAAUACUAAGAAAGUGUGGAGAUCACAGUAGAUUUCCCGAAAGCCACACAGCUGAAAGCAUAUGUGAAAUGCUGUCUUCCACUGAUGACACAGAGGACUGUAUUCCUUUGGAAACCUAUCUUCGAUCAAGCUCACUGGAUAAUGAGGUAGAGGAUGUUACACAUCCAUGCAACCCAAACCCAUGCCCAUUGAAUCAUUUGUGUGAGGUGAACAGAAAAGAAUGUCUUCCUGGAGAACCAUGCCUUCCAUAUUCCUGUGCACAAGGCUGCAAACUGGGAGAAGCAUCUGACUUUCUUGUGCGGCAGGGAACUCUCAUUCAAGUACCAUCAGGAGAAGUAGGCUGUUAUAAAAUAUGUACUUGUGGACAAAGUGGAACUCUUGAAAACUGUAUGGAACUGAAUUGUAUUGACCUACAGAAGUCG